AUGGCUGAUCCGCUCUGCCAGCCUUCGCCUUCGACCACCGCCCGCUUUCACAGCCGUUCAACCAACUCGUGGCAGAUCCUCGACAAUAAACACACCCCGCGCAGCUCAGUCAUAGGACAAGCUAGUCGUUCAGUCCCGAUUAUUGGCACACGCCACUGGCUUAGCUCUCCGCCGUCUACCGUGCGCUUUUGUCCUUACACUCGCUCUUCACAUGCUGUCACUACUUCGAUUGUGAACACUCCAAACCUACACGUUUUCCAGACCAACGACUGGUCUGCGCUCAAGAUGACCCUCUCGCCGUCGACUCCUCUCACUCCGAACCGACGCCCGGUUCGCGCUCAAUGA